AUGUCACAACAACCAACGCAAGUAGAUGCUGCUUCAUCAUCGCACACAGCACAUUCUCCAACUCACGAAAUAGAAGAAAAGUACGAAAACCAGGAUGAAUUACCCCAGGAUCUUGAAAAAGAUGUACAACACGGUUCUAACGAUAUCCCCAAGAAGCCAAUGAGCGCCUAUAUCGGAGUUUGUUUCAUGUGUGUGCUUAUAGCCUUUGGUGGAUUUGUGUUUGGAUUCGAUACAGGUACAAUCUCUGGUUUUGUCAACAUGACUGAUUUCCAGAGUAGAUUUGGUCAGCAAAAGUCGGAUGGUUCUUACUAUUUCUCCAACGUCAGGACUGGUUUGAUUAUUGCUAUGUUUAACGCUGGAUGUGCCGUAGGUGCAAUCUUUCUUUCCAAAUCCGCCGAUUUGUGGGGGAGAAGAUUGAGCAUCAUGAUGUCCAUGGUGAUUUACGUUGUUGGUAUCAUUGUACAAAUCUCGUCUUCCGACAAAUGGUAUCAAAUUAUGAUUGGAAGGAUUUUCACUGGUCUUGCUGUUGGUACAUUAUCAGUGGUUUGUCCAUUGUUUAUUUCAGAAACAUCACCAAAACAUUUGAGAGGUACAUUGGUUUGUUGCUUCCAGUUGAUGAUCACGUUUGGUAUCUUUUUGGGAUACUGUACAACGUACGGAACUAAGGAAAGCUACUCCGACUCCAGACAAUGGAGAAUCCCAUUGGGUUUGUGUUUUGCUUGGGCCUUGUUUUUAGCUGGUGGUAUGGUCAACAUGCCCGAAUCCCCACGUUACCUCAUUGGUAAAGACAAGAUUGAAAAAGCUAAAGCAUCGCUUGCAAAGACCAACAAGGUGUCCGAAGAUGACCCUGCAUUAUUAAAGGAGGCUAGAUUGAUUCAUGCUGGUGUCGAAAGGGAAAGAUUGGCUGGAAAAGCUGGCUGGAUGACAUUGAUCACUGGUAAGCCAAGAAUUUUCGAGAGAGUUGUUGUUGGUGCUCUUUGCCAAGCUUUGCAACAAUUGACAGGUAAUAACUACUUCUUCUACUACAGUACCACCAUCUUCAAGGCCAUCGGUUUAGAUGAUUCAUUCGAAACUUCCAUUAUUAUUGGUGUUAUCAACUUUGCUUCCACAUUCUUGGGUAUCUACUUGAUUGACAAAAUGGGUAGAAGACAAUGUUUGUUGUACGGUUCGGUUGCCAUGUCAAUCUGUUUCUUGAUUUAUUCCUUGCUCGGUACUCAAAGUCUUUACAUUGAUGGUCCUGAUGGCCCGACAAGGCAACCAACCGGAAGAGCAUUGAUCUUUAUCACCUGUCUUUUUAUCUUCUUCUUUGCUUCUACUUGGGCCGGAGGUGUUUACUCGAUUGUUUCGGAAUUGUACCCCUUGAAAGUUAGAUCCAAGGCUAUUGGUGUUGCCAGUGCAGCAAAUUGGGUCUUUGGAUUUUUGAUUUCAUUCUUUACUUCAUUCAUUACCCAAUCGAUUCAUUUCUACUAUGGGUUUGUCUUUUUUGGAUGCUUGGUUUUCUCAAUCUUUUUUACUUACUUUAUGGUUUAUGAAACAAAGGGACUCAGUUUGGAGGAUGUUGAUGAAUUGUACCAAAGUGGUAUCCCAGCUUGGAAAUCCGGUAGUUGGACACCACCCUCAGAGGAAGACAUGGCCACCUCAACUGGCUAUGCUGCUUAUCACAAACCUCAAAAUGAACAUAUAAAUGAUGGCGAGCUCCUUGAAAGGGAUAGUCAUUGA